AUGUGUUGACUGAAUAGCCCGCCAUCUUGUUGUGACUCCUCUACGUGCGUGGAAGAGUGACUUCAAGGGGGAUCCAGUCACGUCUUUCCUUUUAUUUUAUUAUUUUUUUUUAUAGACGACAAGAUUGGAUCCCGAGCAGACGCAUUUGAAUCUAGCUAGUUAGCAUUUUAAUUCAUUUCUCCAAUCGUUUUCUGGACCAUAACACGAAAGAGAGAUGAGUAUCGAGACGCUUUUAGAGGCGGCGAAGUUUUUGGAAUUGCAAGCCCUGCAACAACAGAAAGCACGUGAAGAGAAUGAGCUUCAGGAAAGGCGGCGUCGUGAACAGGAGGCGGAAAAGCGGAGAGCAGAAGUCAACUCUUAUACUCAGCCCAUUCAAAUGAACCAUGUGACCUGGGUGGAGGAGUCCGGACCUGAGCAUCGCCACAUACCUGCCCCGGCCCAGCCUCUACCCCCUCCCCCUCCCCCCACCAUGCCCAUCACAGUCAUCCCUAUCCCGGUGGUAUCCUCCACUCCUCCCGCCCUUCCUCCACCGCCAACCACAGCUCUCAGCCCGUCGGCAGCACCCCGCCUCACGCCACCCAGAAAAGACGCCCACUUGCUGCCAAACCAGCAGGCGCUGCACCAGCGCCCCCUCAUCUCGUCUCAGGUGAAGGCAGAAACCACAUCACUGUCUCAGUCCAAUAGCACCAAACUGGCCCAGCAGCUCCAAACCUUCCCGGGCUCCAUCAUCGCGGCCUCCCAGCAUGCACUUCUCCCCCAGCCUGGACCUCCUUCAGCCCAAUCCAGCCCGCCUGAUGACCACCGUAAUUUGGAUGGCAAGAAAAGACCUGGAGGGGCAGGAACGAGAGAAGUGCACAAUAAGCUUGAAAAAAACAGACGAGCACACUUAAAGGAGUGUUUUGAGACUCUGAAGAAGAACAUCCCUAAUGUUGAUGAAAAGAAGACCUCCAAUCUGAGCGUUCUGAGAAGUGCUUUGAGAUACAUUCAGACUCUGAAGAGGAAGGAGAAAGACUACGAGCAUGAGAUGGAACGUUUGGCGCGGGAGAAGAUCGCCUUGCAGCAGAGACUGGCUGAGCUGAAGAACGAGCUGAGCCAGCGAUUCGAUGUGAUUGAGAUCGACCGCGUUCUUCGACAGACUGUGCAACCAGAUGAUGACCAGGCCUCUACCUCCACUGCCUCAGAAGGCGAAGACAACAUCGAUGAAGAUAUUGAAGACGAGAGCUUAUCCGCCAUGGCCAACGCCUUACUCAAAGUGCCUGUUGCGCUUCUGCCAGAGUUAAAGAAAUCCCAUUCUGCGUUGCCCCUUAUAACACAGCACAUCUCCAUCCCGCACAAACAGUCUAAAACUUUGUCCCCGAUUCCCUCAGCUCAACUAUCCCCUGUCGCCGCAGCUGCCCCGAUCACAGCUCCCGCUUUGUCCUCAAUGCCAGCACAGGCUCCUAAUGGCCCACCAUCCGCUCCGGCCCCGCAGACCCUACCUCCGGCCCAGACCCAUAUAGUGACCACGGCCAGCCUGCAGCCUUCCGUCAUUGCUCACGCGGGAUCGGCGUCGCACGCCUCUGUCAUCCAAACCAUCAAUCACGUCAUCCAGCCAAGCUCCAAGCACGUGGCCCACAUCGCCCCUUCCUCUUCGAGCUCGGUGCAGCUGGCUCCUGGACCUCAAUCCAUUAGCCAUAUCACUGUCGCCCACCUUCCUGCAAUCUACCCUCAGCCCGUUACGGUCACACAGCCGGCAGUUAUGAGCCACAUCGCGCACACACUCUCUCACGGCCAAAUGAACGGCACUUCGGCAUCUGCCGCACAAUCCGCCAUGGUUGGCAAGCAGACGGCUGUGGGUGCUCAAGUGGUUACCCAUCACCCUCAGCUGGUGGGCCAGACCGUCCUCAACCCGGUCACCAUGGUGACCAUGCCCUCCUUCCCAGUCAGCACGCUAAAGCUGGCCUGAAGCGCUGACAGUCGGACCCCUAGAUAGAGUAUAGACACUUACACCACAUCCGCCCCGUUUGAGACUGCGGCACUGCAUCUAAACGAACUAUAAAACUACAGGACUCAGUACAUUCCAAAUGAAAAGAAAGUAUAUAAAGACUCAAAAAGUGACAGAAAGAAAUUUAUUGAAUGUCUAAUACUAUAUAAUGAUAUAUAAUAAAAGACAAAAAGAGAUGUUCUAUCUUUAUGUGUGGGCAAAGGCAAAGUCUAGAGUACUUGUGUGCUGCUCAGUGUGUUUUAGGCUCUAGUGGAGUAUAUUAUGAUGAAACUGUGGUCCGAUCCCAGCCUAAACUGACUCUCAGCCAGCCUAUUACGUGUGACUACUGGUUUAAAUGACUUAUUUAAAAGGACUCCCCCAUAAUACCUCAUACUAACUCCUCAACUAACAGCACACCUCAUGUGAAUACUCUUCUCAGCUCCCAUUAGACCAGGUUUAAUGUACUGUGUUGUGUCUGAUGUAAUUCCCAAACCAGUUCUUGCAGUCCCUACAGAGACCAUUUAUUCACCCUCAUGUUGUUCCAACCUGUAUGGCUUUCUUUCUUCUCCAAAACACACACAUGAAGAAGUGUUUUGUACAUACAAUGAAAGUCAAUGGGGUCCGAAACAUUAUUAGACCCAGUUGACUUUCAUUGCGUGGACUAAAAAAACACCAAGACAUUUUUUGUGUUCUGCAGAAUAAAGAAAGUCAUACAAGUUUGGAACCGCAUGAGGGUAACUAAGUAAUGACAGAAUUGUCAUUUUUUUUGGUGUACUGUCAUUGUAAAAUCAACUUACCUGGUCGGUUUGGUGUCAUAUUUUACCACUAUAGUUGAUGCAUGAUGUAGCAUCAUUACACUGCAAAACAUGAUUUUCUUACUUGGUAUUUUUGUCUUGUUUUCCUAUCUAUAAAUUAUCUAUAAAUUCUUAAAUCAAGAUACAUUUACUUGAGAAGGAAAAUGGCUUAAGAUAUUAAGUCUUGUUUUCUGAAAACUGUAUCAAAAUGAAGAGAGUUUAUGCUUAAAACAAGAAAAAAUAUAUCAAUGGGGUAAGAAAAAUAAUCUUGUUUUCCUAUUAAAUUAAGUUUUGUUUUUUUUGUUUUUGUUUUUUCUUGUUUUAAACUCAUUUAAUUUUGAUAAUUUUUUUUCAGAAAACAAGUCGUUUUGCUUCUCAAGUAAAUGUAUCUCGAUGUUGGUACUGUAAAACAAGACGAAACAAAACACUUGAUUAAGAAAAUUUUUUGCAGUGUACAGUAUCAUGUAGUUGACUUCUAGAUUUUGACACCUGGAGCGUAUGUGAGAUGUUUCAAAAAGAAAAUAUCUUUUUACAGAGUUUACAUGAUGUAUCUGUAGUGCUCUAGCUGGCAUAGACACUCUUGUUCGGUGACUGUCCAUGAAUCGUUGGGAAUCUGACAGCAGUGCCUUUAACAUUGUCAAUCUGGAGUCCCGUUCAAUGCUGCACAGACGCCCCCUAUUGUUCUUAUGUUGCAACUGCACUCUAAGUUAUUCACUAACAAAUCCACCAGCUUAUAUCCAGCUCAGUGGUGUAUGAAUUCAGCUUGUGCUGCCCAUUCGCUGAGGGGUAGCCAUCAGUUUGCGAAUGUAUUCCAACACAUUCAAUGCCUUCAUCUUGCCACUGGUGAUAAAUGUCCAUUAUAUGUGCAGUCAGUACGAGGUUAUUUUUGCAUGUAGCAGAUGUCAUGAGUGUUAAAAUUACAUGCAUUCAUGCACAGUGCUGAUGUGUGUGUGUGUGGCGAAUGCAUCUCACAGAGGAUUUAUGUGUGUUUUUGUGACUAAUAAUGUUCCCGUGCAAUUGGAAGGUGGAUGGAUGUCACCUCGUGUUCCUUAAAUGAACAUUUUUAGGCUUCAGGACAGUUGUAAGAGAUGGUGAAGGAUGCGUGGACGGGAAGAUGUCUGUAUUGAGCCGCACUGACCCCUACACAGAGAUUUGAUUUAAAACUAACACUGUGAUCCCUGUCAGUUGUCCCAAUAAGUGCAAACCAGGUUUACAAAUCACACUAGCAUUAUGUUGCGCAAGAAUCCCUGCAUUUGUUUUGCUUCUGUAAGCGUGUGAGAGAAAACACACUGAACUUUUUUUAUUUUGGUUGUCAGUUAUGUGUAUUUACACUCUGUACACAUUCUUAGACAAACUGAUGUGGCUGUGUUUCGCAUGUAGAUGGAUGAUUCCUGUUUCAGUGGUAACUUUUUAAAAUAUGUUCUUUUAAAUUUAUGGGACCAUGUACAGUUAUAUAUAUGUUGGGGCAACUUUUCAGACCUCCUUCCACACUGAUAUUAUAUAUGCGCAUAUAUAUAGUGUGUUUUCCCUAUGGAGAAAGUUUAAGAUGUGUAUAUAGCCUGUAAAUUUGGGGCUGCGCAUAGACCUACAGUAACUGUCCAUUAUGUUAUAAGAAAAGCAAAAAUAAACAAAAGAACAAAUGUUAAAUAAAAAUAAAUAAAUCUUGA